AUGCACGAAAUUGAUCCUAUCUCAUUUAUUUGUCCAUCAAAUUAUCCAUAUGCAUUACAGAUAAUUGAAACAGCUUGUAAAGUUCGAGCGAUUCCUGCAAAUGCCAAUAUACAAGAUAAAACUAUCUCAGCUGUAAGUAAAGAGGUAUUAAAAACCAAACUUGAUAUUUCAUUUCAAAUUGAAGGCACCGAAGCCAAUGAUAUUGAGUUUGAAACAGUCCUUGAUAAAGUUCUCAAGACUUAA